CCCAAGGGGAAGCACUGGAGCUCAAUCUAAGCUAUAUGGAAGCGGGCUUUUUCAAAUAAUAAUCACUUUGCAUUUAGUGAUUUUUUAGGGCUGCUGUCAUCUAACACUUUAUAUGGACUAUCAUUUUUGGAAAGCAAAAGAGCAAAAGAAGCAAACACAAACUGAAGUUCAAAAUGGAAUUACGCGUAGUUAUCACCGUGCUAUCGAUCAUUGUCUCUGGGUUUUUACAAACAGUGACCCCAGCCCCGACGAGUCCGGAGACAGAGCCAGUGGCGACAACGCGACCUUCACCGCGCCACAUCAGGACAAAGCGCUGCUCCUGCGCUACGUUCUUGGACAAGGAGUGCAUCUACUUCUGUCACCUCGACAUUAUAUGGAUCAACACGCCAGAACGCACAGUUUCCUACGGUCUGGGAAGCGCUCCGAGAAAGAAGCGAUCGCUCGAGAAGCCCUUGCUGCUCUCGCGCACACAGCAGAGAAAACGCUGCCAGUGCGCGGAUAAAGAAGACAGCACGUGCUCGAUGUUCUGUCAACCAGAUAAUACCCCGGCUAGGUCGCAGGCAGCGAGACUCCCCUCCCAGGGCAGCGGGUGCACCACGUGGCAGUGCUUGUACAACCGGGCAGCCAACAAGAGGCAGAUUAAAAGGACAGAGGACAGUCGCCCAUGGAGCAGGACGCCCUGGGCGUUGAGGAACAUGUGGCGGGCGAUCUUGCGCCGGGCACAGAAGCGGGCACAAGCGAGAGCACAAGGGGGCAAGAAAGCGGCCCCCUAGGAGGGGUGGCGGGUCCUGCCAGUCCCUGCCCUAAUCUGAAAGGGACACGGAGACCCUUCCUAAUGGUCUGCCACGAUGGACCAACGAGCAGGAUGAUACACAUCUCAGGACAGACCGCAGUGCUGGGUGGCUGGCCCCUCACAGGGCAGAGCUGUGGCCCCUGGCCAGAAGUCCCAUCGCCUCAAGAUCAUGUGCGGACGAGUUAAAGGUUGAAGAGAUGCAGCGGAUGUACAGUGCUGGACCUACAGUACAGGACCUAAUCACCUCUCUCUCCACAAGGUCCUCCAGUGGCAUUUACCCAUCUACCCCCACCCACCAAUGCUAAAGCUACCUCUGCCAGGUCCUGCUGUCACUCACAAGUGCCCUUUGUCAGUUGCCCUUUUUCAUCAGACUUUGUGACUGUCAGCAUGUCCAGAUACAUGAGAAAAGUUACUUCAAAUAAGAGCGUUCAAGCGCGGAGACUGUCACAUAAGAAGAUUACUUAACCACACAUUAUCUUGUCCUUGCUGCACUCAACUCCCACCAGGAAUACAUGGACAAUUUCCCAUGAAGCAACAGAAUAAAAUGUCUAUGUCUGGAUAUAGAAGAAACCAAACGAACCACCACAAGACUAUCAUAUACUACAAGCCACUUUUGGGGACUUUUUUCUAUUGUUUUGGGUCACUGUGUAGCUAUGAAGAUUCCAUCAUUGUGAAUGACCACUCCAACAUGGGAGAGAGGGUUCUUUAUGACUUUCACUCUAUUCUGUGUUGUAUGAAAUACAUAUGAGCUUUCUAUACACAUUGUAUAAUGAGAAUUAUGUAAGAUGCAAUCAUAUUAUUACAAAUUCCUUCAGCAGAGUUUAUCCAUGUUAAAUAUGUAUUUUAACUUGGCCACAUUGGUCUGUGAUUAUCACUGUUUGUCAUUUCUGUGAAAUGGCUCAUGAAAAUAAUGCCACGAAAAAGGCAUACUGCAAGAAAUAAAACACUGCCUAUUUAAACUA